UUAAAUCUCCUCAAAAUUAUACAAAUUCCGACAUUUCUAGCAAGAGCACACAGAAGAAAUCCAAGAACAAGCAAAAAGUUGCAACCUUUGAGCCCCCAAAACAUGGUUCCGGCAACCAUUUUUGCUCACCUCGGAUCCACGAUCGGCGGGUUAAUGUUCGUGUGGGCGAUAUUCCAGCAGUACUUCCCCUACGAGCUUCGAAGGCAUGUCGAAAAGUACUCGCAGAGAAUGGUGGGAUAUGUGUAUCCUUACAUUCAGAUCACUUUCAAUGAGUUCACCGGGGAGCGGCUGAUGCGCAGCGAGGCUUACUCCGCCAUCGAGGACUACCUGAGCUCCAAGUCCUCCACGCAAGCGAAGCGCCUCAAGGGCGACUUCAAGAACAACCAGUCGCUUGUUCUGAGCAUGGACGAUCACGAGGAAGUGGAUGACGAGUUCAAGGGAGUCAAAGUGUGGUGGGCGUCCGGGAAGUACAUAGCUAAGCAGCAGACAAUCUCGUACGCUCCGGUGAACGAUGAGAGGAGGUACUACAAGCUCACUUUCCACAAAUGGCAGAGGGACCAGAUCAUUGGACCCUACCUUAGCCAUGUCCUGAAGGAGGGGAAGGCCAUUAGGGUUAGAAACCGGCAGAGGAAGCUUUACACGAACAAUGGGUCACACUGGAGCCAUGUGGUGUUUGAGCACCCUGCAACAUUUGAGACUCUGGCUAUGGAGGCGGAGACGAAGCAGGAUAUUGUCGAUGAUCUGAUGGCGUUCAGCAAGGCUGAGGAGUUUUAUGCGCGGAUUGGGCGGGCUUGGAAGAGGGGUUACCUUUUGUAUGGCCCGCCGGGGACUGGGAAAUCCACCAUGAUCGCCGCCAUGGCCAAUCUUUUGAAGUAUGAUCUUUAUGACCUUGAGCUAACCGCGGUUAAGGACAACACCGAGCUGAGGAGGCUGCUGAUUGAGACGUCAAGUAAGUCGAUUAUUGUGAUUGAGGACAUCGAUUGUUCGCUUGAUCUCACGGGGCAGAGGAAGCAGAGGAAGGAGAAAGGGGAGGAGGAGGGGGAAGGGAGGGAUCCGAAGGAGAAGACGGGGAAGGAGGAUAGGGAGGCGAAACCGAGCCAGGUUACACUUUCCGGGCUGCUGAAUUUCAUUGACGGGCUAUGGUCAGCGUGCCGCGGAGAGAGACUCAUUGUGUUCACAACAAACUACGUGGAGAAGCUUGAUGCUGCAUUGAUUAGGAAAGGAAGGAUGGAUAAGCACAUUGAAUUGUCAUACUGUAACUCCGAAUCGUUCAAGGUGCUGGCUAGGAACUACCUCAAGCUCGAAUCACACCGUUUGUUUCCGGAAAUUGGAGCGUUGCUUGGGGAAGUUAAGAUGACUCCGGCUGAUGUUGCAGAGCAUUUGAUGCCUAAGAAACUUUCCGGGGAUGUCGAAAUCUGCCUGCAGAGUCUGUUCCAAGCUCUCCAGAAGGAAAAGGAGAGUGGAGGAUUGAAGGCUGAGGAAGAAGCGAAAGAGGAGAAAUCGCCAUCGGCUGCAGAAGAAGAACACGAUCAGGAUACAGAAUCACCAUCAUCUAACAAAAAAAUGAAGUGACUGCAAGCAAGAAAAAAAAAAGGAUUUUCGAUUUGGGGGGCAAAAGGGCUUUGUAUGUGUAAAGCAUUUAUGUAUGCUGCCAAUGUGGUCCUAGAUAUAUAUCCAAAACACCUAUAAUUGUGUUGAGGUUUGAGCAA